CAGAGUCCGGACGUUGCAGAUUUCCGUCGGACAUCCAAGUUUUCCGUGCGAGUGGUUUUCCCCCAAACGUCCUCCCCCCCUCUCCGUCUUCAUCAUCCCUGCUGGAGGCGAGUAGCGGUGCUGGUGUUGUUUGCUGGUAGUCGACCUGUUUCUCGGUUUUCCCUCGUCACCUUUGAUACUUUAAAAUCGCCGGUCCUGUCAAGGGGACACUUGGCCCGCUCUCUGUGCGCAGAUCUCCAAAAAUGCGACUCUCCUUCAGCUUCAAGCUGCUGCUCGUACUUCAGCUAGUACAACUGCCGUCUCGUGUUAUUAACGCACAGGAUACUGAAGUAUCGAGUACAACAGCCACAUACGAUGCUUGGAACGCCACGGGUAGUGAAGACAGUGUUUCAGAAGAUGAAGAAACAGAAGAAGUUGAGAAAAGGCUGCUGCCACAAUCCCCAUACCUGUACCGGCCGUGCGCGAGGCCCGGCUACCCAUGCUCUGGGAGAGGGUACCCCAGGAACUUCAAUGGGUUCUUCCCCCGACCGCGCUAUCCGGGGCACAGGCCACGUGAUGGGGACCUUUACGGCGAUUCUGGCUCAGUGAGUGAAUCAGUAGUGUUCCCAUCGGAGCCUUCAGACGGAUACUGUCGAUCUCCCUUGGGUGUUACUGGCCGCUGCAUUCCAUACCAGGACUGUCGAUUCCUCUUCGAUGAUGAGUUCCUUGCACGUCGCUCCCUGUGCGGGUUCACGCGCCGUGUGUCUCUGGUCUGCUGUCCGGAGACAGGCCGUCGACCACAGCGUCCAGGACUAGGCGGCUUUCCAGGAAUUGCACAACCGAAUAAUCCUUUCCCUACAGCGCCCUUCCCACAGACACGGCCAUUCAGGAACAACGGAGGAUUCGGCAGACCUCAGUUUGGACACAACAAUGGCUUCGGGAACAAUAAUGGCUUCGGCAACGGUAAUGGUUUCGGCAACAAUAAUGGUUUCGGCAACAAUAAUGGCUUCGGCAACAAUAAUGGCUUCGGCCACACUCGGAACCCAUACGGCAAUGGAGGAUUUGGUCCAACACGCGGAUUUAAUGGCGGUGGCUUCGGAACUACCAGACCACCAUAUAACAGAGGAGGAAGACCCCACGUGAAACCAUUCCCGUCUGCAGUGACCCCAUCGCAGAGACCUGUAUCCCUGUCGAACAGACCAAGUGGGAAAUGGGGACAAAGUAAUUGUGGCAUAAGUAAUGCGCCCCUGGUGCGAAUCGUUGGCGGUCGGGAGUCUAACAUCGGUGCAUGGCCCUGGAUUGCUCUAAUCUUCAUCGAUGUCCACGGAACAGGGUCAAAGUCCCCGCUUUGUGGAGGUGCCCUCAUCACACCCAAGCAUGUCAUCACAGCUGCUCACUGCACUUUCAGCGGGAAUCGCUCUCUAGGUCCAGACGCCUUCAUCGCACGGAUGGGCGAGCAUGAUUACCUAAGCGAGGAUGAUGGAGCUAACCCCGUGGACGCUCGAGUAGCGGAAGUGCUUCGUCACCGGGACUUCAACCCCAAGACGUACCUCAACGACAUCGCGCUUCUAGUACUGAAACGGGCCGUACCUCUGGGCAACGGUAUCAACCUCAUUUGUUUACCGUACGGCCGUCUUCAGCACGAUACAUACGUUAACAAGUCGGCCAACAUCGCUGGAUGGGGAGAAUUAUAUUACGGAGGACCGUCGAGUGCUUCUCUGCAGGAGACUCGAAUCCCAGUACAAAGCUUGGACACGUGCAAAGAAUCAUUUAAGAGGACAAGCAUCACUUUCACUGACAACUAUCUCUGUGCUGGAAGUUUAGCAGGCGACAAGGAUGCAUGCCGAGGUGACUCUGGAGGACCACUGAUGCUUCUCGACAGCCAGCAGCGUUUUACAAUCAUUGGCAUCACUUCCUUCGGCCGACGCUGUGCUGAGCCUGGAUACCCCGGAGUGUAUACUAGAGUAGCCAAAUAUUUAGACUGGAUUAACCAAAGUGUUUCGGGGAGUAUCGCUAAACCAGCAAUCCUUGCGUGGUGCGUACUGGUUACAUUUGAUGUCCUCAAUAUCGCGGUUCAAGCAAGCCAAGCAGAGUGCGGAGAAAAGGGUUCAUCAAAAUACCGCAUUGUGGGAGGAGUGGAAAGCCAAGUCGGAGCUUGGCCAUGGAUGGCGCUGCUGUAUCUUCCGCUUUCAAAGGGCAAUGCUCCAGAGCCAGCCUGCGGUGGAGCGCUAAUCACACCACGGCACGUGCUCACAGCGGCACAUUGCUUGCGGGACGAGGAGAGGAAGACUCGCGACCCGACAGUCAUGAAAGUUCGUCUCGGUGAGCAUGACUUGGAAACGAACACUGAAUCGGAGCAUGCGGACUUGGAGGUGAGCCAGGUCCUGGUACACGAGGGCUACGACGAGAACCUCAUGAAACACGACCUAGGCCUCCUCGUACUUGCUCAAGACGCCCCCUUGGGCAGAGGAAUAAGCCUCGUGUGUCUUCCAAAUGACGAAGACCAGUGGGCAGAACUUUCUGGAAAGACAGCAGUCAUCGCAGGAUGGGGAGCACAAAGCGACAAAGGCAAGAUGACUAGCACUCUACAGGAAGUGAUGCUGCCUAUCCUUUCGCAAACGAAAUGCGAGGAAGCUUUAGAAGGAUUAGUCAGUGUAGAUAAAACCGUCAUUUGCGCUUCAGCCUUAGGGAAGGACUCGUGCAAGGGCGACUCUGGAGGCCCCAUGGUGCUGCCUGAUGAGAAAAGUCGGUUCACUGUUGUAGGUGUUACUGCUUUCGGAGUCCACUGCGGAGACGCAGACUUUCCUGGGGUGUAUACUCGUGUCACGGAACACAUGGACUGGAUAAAUGAGAAUAUUAGAACAACAGGACCAUAAUAUACCUUCAGCUUAACAACUGCACCUGUGGAAAUCCAGUUGUGAACUUACAGAAUUUGGUGGAUGUCGCUUGAUAUACACAGCUUUAUUUAAUGUAUUAUUUGCAGGAUGAUUUUGUUUUCCUUUUUUACCUUCUUUGAGAAAAAGUAGGCGCUGCCUGCUCAUAACUAUCCCACUUUGCUGCUGCAGAAACACAUUAUUCAUAUAGACGACCUGCACUCCUGCGUCACCGAUUACGUUUCGCCGCCGCGCAAAGCAUGCUGGUGCGCACCUAUCAACCUUAUCAGCCUUUUCGACCUAUCAGCCGACGCGUUUUUCCCGCUUCUUGCCCACCUAAAAUAUAACCUCGAACGAGUCUUAUCGUGACGUCACAUCUUUGUAAACAGAGGGUCGUCUAUACGCUUGCGCAGGCGGCAGACCCAGCUAAUAAUCAGGCUAAAGACAGCACAAUCCGAAACCGAAAUCGAAAUCUGCUGGAAGGAUGGAUGGAUGUGGCUUUGGCUUUUCUCUUCGGAACUUUGGAACGGGCGGUGCGGAAGCGAGUUACCGCCAUCUGGCGAUAAAAGACGCUUCAUAACAAUAAAGUUUAUUUAUCUCAGUA